AUGCUGCUCCUCGCAAAUGCAGGCCUUGCUAUCUUUACUCUCGUGAUAGUCCAGAAUCUUAACGAUGUGUUCCUACACAGGGCGAGGUCUCCAAGAGGAGUUGAAACAAAAAUGAAGAUCCAGUGGAUAAUACUCUCUAUAGUGACAUUUUUCUACGGUACUUUUCACUUCCCACUAAUUACAUCAAACAUGGACAGACUUUUCAAAAUGGACAUGAUGGCCUUAAUUACUGUCUUGAUAUUCACCUUACAGAUAGUCAUGCUCUUUAUCAUAUACUCAAUGCAUCCAGACUUGUUUGGAACCAAGUACAACCGAGAGGUUCGGAGCUACAUCGAGAGGCUUGAAGCAGAGAAUUACGAUCAAACCGAGAUUUGA